AUGGGUACCAAAAAUUCUACUUAAAAAAGAUUAAAAACAUAAACAGAUGAACAACAAGUAUAAAAUUAAUAUACACAAAAAGACAUAUUAAUGUAAAAACUUGCUGAACGUUUAAAAUUUUCGACAUAAACUUUAGAAGGCAUUAUAUAAUUUAUCGAAUAAAAUAAUUACCAACUAGAUCCUGGUCUUUUAAAUAAUCCUGACCAAGGAAUAUUAGGAAAGGGUGGUAAAGGUUUAGUAUUAAAAGCUACAGAUAAAAAGAACGGAAAAGUUGCAAUAAAAUUAUUAAAAUGUAAAAGCGAUUACCAAAAAAAUCAAAAUGAAGAAGAAUUUCAAAAUUUAUAAAGAUUUAAUUCAAAAUAUAUAAGUGAUAUAUAUAGUUUAGGUAUUGUUUUUUUAGAAAUGACAUAAGUAGAUACUAAUAAUCGAUAUAAAUUAGAAGAACUAAUUGAAUUAAUGCAAUUAAUUAUUGAAGUUGAAAAAAAUGCGAGUAAAAAGCAUGGAAAAAAUUAAGAAGAAACAGAAUAUUUAUAAGAUGAAAGUUAAGAAGAAUAUCAAAAUCAUGAUGAAGAAGAACAUGAAAUUUAAGGAGAAACAGAACAAUAAGAAGAAGAAAAUUAAGAAAAACUAGAAGAAGAAGAUGAAGAAGAAGAAGAAGAAGAAGAAGAAGAAGAUGAAGAAGAAGAAGAAAAUUAAAAAAACUAGAAAAAGAGAAUCAAGAGGAAGAAAAAGAAGAAGUAGAAAAUUAAGAAGAAGAGGAAGAAAAUUAAGAAGAAGAAUAUUAAGAGGAAGAGGAAGAGGAAGAGGAAGAAGAAAAGAAGCAGAAGUAGACUAAAAUAGUUCAAGUAGACUAAAAAUAUACUUAAAAAAACCAUAAGAUAGACGUUUAGACUAUAAAUCUUAAAAUAUAUAUGA